ACUAUAAGUGCAGUUUCACCUAAAUCAAGAGCGCUCUUUUGAAUGGGUCUUUUUUUUAAAAAAAUAGAAACAAAUUAACGUGGCAUUGAAUUUGGAUUAUUUGUUGAACGCUGGAGAAGUAGGAAACCCCGCCCCUCUGUUUAUCCCUUUGAAGGAGGGGCAAUCCAAGGGUUCUCCUUGGCUUGGCCAUAUUUCAGUAGGGAUGCGUUCCAGGAGAUCUCUUUGUCUCAUCCAGAUCAUCAGCUGCUGGUAAGAGUGGCUGUGAUGGAUAAAGGGUCCAUUACAAUCUUCAUUUUUUGUCUUGGGAUGGCCAAUAGCUUGGAGUGCUAUAAGUGCUUAAUUAACGAAGGGAACUGCUCUAAGGCUCCAGUGGAAGUUUGCAGGCCCAACCAAAACGCCUGCUUCACCGUGAUCAAGAAGUACCAUGGAUUGAGCGCAGAUACAGCAAAGCAGGGCUGUGGAUCCUCAAAUGAUUGCCGUAGGUACCCCAUGGGCACAAAGGGCUCCUUGUUCCGAACAAUGUGGUGUUGUUCUACAAAUCUUUGCCAACCCAUCCAUUUGCCUGUCAACCGAGAUGGAUCGCAAAACAAUCUGCUGUGCCAAAGUUGCAUUGGGAGCCCAGCCGAAUGUGGGCUGACGGCCCCUUCGCAGCAAUGCUCCGGGAGUGCAGAUCGGUGCGUGCAAAUUUCCCAGCGUUUCCUUCCAGGAGAAAAGCUAGAACCCAUUAUAAAGGGAUGUGGAAAUAGCUCCUUCAAAGAUCUGCAAGUGCUCUACCAGAUUGGAAAGGACUUUGCUUUCCUUGAUCAAAAAGUCUGUGGCCAACCCAACUGCAAUAAUAGAAGUUUUCCAGAGAUCCUUACGGGACAACCCAAUGGGCUACAGUGCUAUAGUUAUCGUGGUUCGGGCCGUGAAGAGCGCAUCCUCCAGGAACAGCAAAUUUUGAGGUGCACCGGAGCCAUGAAUCGGUGUGUGCGUAUCAUAAAAGGAGAAAAUAAAAGCACAGCCGUGACCAUCCAGAAGGGCUGCGCCACAGAAUCCAUGUGCUGGAGGGACACAGAUAUAUACCUUAGGCUGAAGAGAGAAAAUUCCCGCGCCGAAUGUUGCCAAAGGAAUCUCUGUAACAAAGCCCACAGUCCCACCAACCCAGAACUGGUGGCAAUUCUUAGUUUAUGGUUGGUGUUGAAGGUCUAUCAAUAACCACUCCUGUUCCAUCGGUGGCACAGAAAUAAAUCGGGGACAUGCUGGG